GGUGACCGCGGCUCGUGCUGUAGCGCCGGGUCGCGCAGCGCCGGCUGAGUAGCUAUCGUCCGGCAUGAAGGGCUGGGACCUGGAUACUUCCGUCUCCUCGCUUCAGCGCCAUGGAAUGCCUGCGGAGCCUGACUGGGCUCCUGCCCCGCGCGGUGGGACUACCCCGGAGGACCCUGUGUGCCCUGGCCUGGGGCCUGACCCCUGCGCCUCGUCCCGCUGCCUGUCGCGGCUGCGCGUCCAACCUGCUGCGAAGGAGCCGGGCCGCGCCGCUAUGCGGGCCCCGCCAGCCCGGCAUGGCAGGUGAAGCACACCGGUUUAGAACAUCUGAUGUCUCUCAAGCCACUUUAGCCAGUGUAGCCCAGGUGUUUACUGUGACAAAAUUUGACAAAGAGGGAAAUGUUACUUCUUUUGAAAGGAAGAAAACUGAAUUAUACCAAGAGUUAGGUCUUCAAGCCAGAGAUUUGAGGUUUCAGCAUGUGAUGAGCAUCACAACCAGAAACAACAGGAUUAUCAUGAGGAUGGAGUAUUUGAAAGCUGUUGUAACUCCAGAGUGUCUUCUGAUACUAGAUUACCGUAAUUUAAACCUAGAGCAGUGGCUGUUUCGAGAACUCCCAUCACAGUUGGCUGGAGAGGGUCAACUUGUCACAUACACUUUACCCUUUGAGUUCAGAGCCAUAGAAGCACUCCUGCAAUAUUGGAUCAACACCCUUCAGGGGAAACUUAGCGUUUUGCAGCCACUCAUCCUUGAGACAUUGGAAGCUUUAGUGGAUCCCAAGCAUUCUUCAGUAGACAGAAGCAAACUGCACAUCUUAUUACAAAAUGGCAAAAGUCUAUCAGAGUUAGAAACAGAUAUUAAAAUUUUCAAGGAGUCAAUUCUGGAGAUCUUGGAUGAGGAGGAGUUGCUAGAAGAGCUCUGUCUGACCAAGUGGAGUGACCCUCUCGUCUUUGAAAAGAGCAGCACUGGGAUUGACCAUGCAGAAGAGAUGGAGCUGCUUCUGGAAAACUACUACCGGUUAGCUGAGGAUCUUUCCAACGCAGCUCGGGAACUUAGGGUGCUUAUUGAUGACUCUCAGAGUAUUAUCUUCAUCAAUCUGGACAGCCACCGUAAUGUGAUGAUGAGGUUAAAUCUACAGUUGACCAUGGGAACAUUCUCUCUCUCACUCUUUGGACUGAUGGGAGUUGCUUUUGGAAUGAAUUUGGAAUCUUCCCUUGAAGAGGACCAUAGAGUGUUCUGGCUGAUUACAGGAAUUAUGUUUAUGGGAAGUGGCCUUAUCUGGAGGCGGUUGCUUUCCUUCCUUGGACGACAACUAGAAGCUCCUUUGCCUCCUGUGGUGGCCUCUUUACCUAAAAAGACCCUUCUGGCAGAUAGAAGGAUGGAUGUAAAAAACAGCCUCAGGCCUGAUGGAUUUGGAUCAAGCAGAACUAUCUUAACAAGCCGUUAGCAUUAACCCAGAGGAUACCAAAUUUUUUUUUAUACUUCUGAUACUGUUAUUACUUUCUUUCAUAGUCACAUAUUUGAAAAAAAUCAUUAUGACAGUCAUACUCUUACAACUUUAUUGCAUUUCCAGAAUUAAGUGUUUUCUUUGUAAAAGGCCAAAUUCUAUUUCCUACAAAUUUUAAAUACUGUUUUUAUAGAUACGGUGUGAGGUAUAAAGGGAUUAUUUAAUUCAAGAGUAGACUGUUGUACAGAUUUUAAUUUAUACAUAUCAAGAAAAGUGCAGUUCCAUGCUGAAUGAAGCCUAGAAACUUGAGAAACCCAUAGUUACUGAGAUCAGGCAGUAACGAUUCUUAGUACAGGGAAUUCUGUUUGUGGAAAUUUUCUGAGCUAGUAUAACAUAGGUUAACCUUAAAACCAACUCUGGAAGUUUGUGUUCUAAAAUCAAUCCUUGAUAUAACCUAUUUUCUUAUAUUUAUCACCUUUUGUAUGUAAGGUAAAUAAAAAGAAAGGAUAAUUUAA